AUGGAGGCAAGUACAGCAGGUAUAUCGCCGGCUUGGAAGAAUCCCCGUGAAAGACUGCGAAAACAUCUGAAGAGAGGAAACAGCUCUCGAACUUUGGCUACUUCCUUCGAUGGUGCCGUUAAGGAAAGCAGUAAAAGUGAACACUGCCCUGUGUCACAAACCCAUACAAGGAGUAAUCCGUUUAAGCGUUCGUCUCCAAUGAAAAAACGUCGGAAAGAAGAGCAACGAGAAGAACGGGUCUCGUUUGAUGCAUCUAUUAGUUGGGACGAUUCAAAUGCCAACGAUCCGUUUUCUAAUGAACGGGUUCUUUCUCAGAACAAUCAAAUGAAGCGUUCUCUUUCUCGAUCUUUCGCGGCAGAUUCAGAAUCGUUCGCUACCGACUUUUCUGACAUAUUUUGCGGUGACAGCUCUUCUUCAAAAGUUGAAGUUGACAUGUGUUCAUCUGAGGAUAUUCCUUCUGAUCUCAGACUGGGAACUAAGCUGAGAAUCGUAGCUAAAAGGCCGUAUUUAUGGAUGCGUGAUGUCACAAAUUCGGGGAUUGUCCCGGUCCGCGUUACCGGUCAGCAGAGGCACGAGGGAUUGCAAGCGUUCCUUAGACUUGUUGGAACAGAUUUCCAUUCACGGUCAUUGUCGGAUAUUCCUUCAGACGUGUCUCCCAUGGGUUUGCUAGAAGCCGCAUGUCUCUACUGGCAAUUUCCAUGUCUCCCUUGGCUGGCUGCUUAUCCUCGAAUUGAUUCUUUGGUUAAUACAUUUGCGAGUACGACCGAAUCAAUGUCAAACAUGUCGCCCUCGUGCUUGGAAGCGCUCGAUAUUCAGUGGACGGAAUGUUUCGACCAGCUUUUCUUAUCAUGGAAGAAAGGAGAUCGCAGAAGUUUUUACAUGUCCUGUUCAUCAUUUACCGUUUUAUUCACGAAAAUAAGUGCUGAUGAUGCAGCUCCUGGUGAAGACUCGUCGUCAUGCUUCCAGACUUCCAGCGGACUACGACAUGUCGCUGUAAUAACACCUAGCACCAUAGGAUUUAGGCAAUACCUAAAAAGUGAAGGUGUUGAAUUUGAAGUUCUGCGACGUAAGGCUCGCGCUAAAGCUAGGAUAUCUGGGUCUUGCAAAUUCACUAUCGAUGGCGACUCACGGUCGAAUUUUGACUGGCACGGUGUCACUCAGAGUCAACCACCGCCCUUCUCUUAUGUGAAGGAGUCCCUGGAUGGCUCGCAAGAUAAGGAAAAUGUUCCAAGUGAAAGUGACUCGGAUAAAAGCCCGGAAAAAGGUGACUUGUCUGGAGAUCACGAAUGGCUUGAGAAUAUUGGCAUGUCACCAAGGAAGUCGGCGAAACUCAAACGAUACAAGUCACUUGGGUCUGCGUCAAAUUUACCCGAUGUUGGUCAGUCAAAGUCGGAUCUCGAAGAUGUGGUAGCGGUUUUAGUCAAGGGCGCGGACGUUCAAACGCUCUACAAUCUGCUGCAAUCCUCACGAGUGUGUCGCUCAAUAGCAGGACCUCAUGCAAAGUUGCCCCCCACUUUGACUGCAGCUCAGCCGUUUCUCUACGCGCAGAUGCAGACAUUGAAGAAGUCGUCACAAGCUAUCCGGCGGAAAGAGCUGGAGUAUGUGCUUGAACUAGAAGGAGGCCCUAUUAUGCCUCACACUAUACCACUGAUAGUUGAAUUCAUCCGCCGAACAGGGCUUUGCCAUGAGGAACACGCCACGGUUCGGAUUACUGAUCGUGCCGUUUGUAAUGGGAUAAACGAAGUGGAUCCUGAACUAUGUGACUGGAAUGAAAUCCGUGUUGAUGAAGAGAAAGUCUUGUGGGAAAAGCUCUGA